AUGAACCAUGUCCCCAGGCAUGACGCCGUAUCCGACCUCCUGACGCUGGUCAUCACAACCUCGCCCACGCCCUCGGCCCCCUCCACCGAGCUCCUCUCCAGCGUGCUCGAGUCGUUUCAGACGCACUGUCCUGCCCUGCUCCAAUGCCCCGUGAUUGUUGUGUUUGACACAUAUGAGCAGAUCACGGCGACCCCGCGGCUGAAAAAGGGAUACGUCACGCCCGAGACAGCCGCCAAGUACAGCAUCUACAAGGACAAUGUCAAGACACUCUUCCUCAACACGUUUGCCAAGAGCGCAGUCGAACCGACGCCGCCGCUGCUCGAAUCAUCUGGCGAAGCCGAGUACGGCUCUCCGCAACUGACGAAGCCCGUCCCGUUGAUCAUAACCUCCACCGACGUCAAGCGGGUGCGUUUCAUCGAGGCGGACGGUCGGCGCCUCGGCUUCGGGCUCGGCGUGCGCAGCGCCCUGCGCGCCAUCUCCACGCCGUACGUCUGGGUUCACCAGCACGACUGGCGCCUCAUCCAGGACAUCCCCAUCGCCGCACUCCUCGGCGCCAUGCAGGCCUCCCCCCACGAGGACACCGCCGCCGACCGCCCGCCGAUCCGGUACGUGUGCCUGCCGUCCGGCCGCCGGUCCUCCUACGCCACGUCCGAACAGGUGGUCCCCUACCCGGCGCUGCGGCAAGUCUCCCUCGCCCUCACCGGCGAGUACCCCUCCACCACCACCGGCGACGGCCACCACCUGCCGCCCGUGCCGCUGACGCCGCUGUUCUUCUGGCACGACAAGCCGCAUGUGGCGGCGACGGCGCACUACCUGGCGCGCGUGUUCCCCUCGCGGCUGGCCGUGGCGCGCGGCGCCUUCAUCGAGGACACGGUCGGCCAGGCGGCGCGCAACCAGAUGAAGGCGGGUGGCUGGCGCGCGUGGGCGACGUGGCUGUACUACCCGGACGCCGGGGAGAGCGCGUGCCUGAGGCACCUGCACGGACGUACAUGGAGGGGUGAGGAGGAGGAGGAGCGCCGGCGGCAGGUGGCCGUGCUCCGGGGGCGGGAGGACCGGUCGGAGUUGCUCCGAGAGCGGGAGCGGAGGAGCGCCGGCGGCGGCGCCGGUGAGGAUAGCAGUAGUAGUCAUGAAGACAGUGUCUCUGAGUAUGGAGAGGCUGGUAUGUGGGAGCUGGAUACAGCUCAGCUCUUUAGAUUUUGCUGCUCAAAAACGUGCACGACAGAUGAUGCAUGUAGUCAUUGA